UUCUUCUUCUUCUUCUUCUUCUUCUUCUUCUUCUUGUUCUGUUCUGCUGCUGCUGCUGCUGCUGCUGAUGAUGCUCUGCAACUGAAUGAACCCCCCAGCCAAUGUCCUGCUGCUGGACGGCUGCGCGAUAAACGCAUCGCGGCUCUCUGCGGUCCCGCGGCUGCACUGACUCUGAUUAUGGAUAUCUUUAUGGAUAUGAUUCGGAUUCUAUGGAUACUGCCAACGGUGUGGGCUGUGGAAGAAGUACUGAUGGAUUCAACAACGGCAACAGCAGAGCUGGGCUGGACCAUCUACCCAUCACAGGGGUGGGAAGAAGUUAGUGGCUAUGAUGAAAACAUGAACACCAUCCGAACAUACCAGGUGUGCAAUGUCUUCGACAGCAGUCAGAACAACUGGGUACGCACCAAAUACAUCCGCCGCCGGGGUGCUCAGCGCAUCCACGUCCAGAUGAAGUUCUCAGUACGCGACUGUAGUUCCAUACCCAAUGUCCCUGGCUCUUGCAAGGAGACCUUCAACCUGUAUUACUAUGAGUCUGACUCGGACACGGCCACAAAAUCGUCCCCAGCCUGGAUGGAGAACCCCUGGGUGAAAGUGGACACCAUAGCGGCUGAUGAGAGCUUCUCUCAGGUUGAUCUUGGUGGUCGCAUCAUGAAUAUCAACAGUGAAAUUCGGAGUUUUGGACCCGUUUCGCGCAAUGGCUUCUACCUCGCUUUCCAGGAUUACGGCGCCUGCAUGUCGCUCAUCGCUGUUCGAGUCUUCUACAGGAAAUGUCUCAGUGUGAUCCACAACGGUGCCAUCUUCUCUGAGACUCUGUCUGGAGCGGAGAGCACCUCUCUGGUGGCAGCCAGAGGGGUGUGUGUUCCCAAUGGGGAAGAGGUGGAUGUACCCAUCAAGCUGUACUGUAACGGGGAUGGCGAGUGGAUGGUACCCAUCGGGCGCUGCAUGUGCAAAGCCGGGUAUGAGGCGGUAGAGAAUGGUACAGUCUGCAGAGCUUGUGUAUCAGGGUUCUUCAAGGCUGCACAGGGAGACCAGCAAUGUCUGCAGUGCCCCAUUAACAGCCGAACCACCAGUGAGGGAGCAACCAACUGUGUCUGUCGUAAUGGCUACUACCGCGCUGACUCUGACCCUCCACAGAUGCCGUGUACAACUGUUCCAUCAGCUCCACAAAACGUCAUCUCCAUGGUAAAUGAGACCUCUCUGAGGCUGGAGUGGAGCCCACCACAGGAGGCCGGCGGCCGAGAAGAUGUUGUCUACAACAUCAUAUGUAAGAGCUGUGGCAGUGGACGGGGUGGCUGCACCCGCUGUGGCGACAACGUGCAGUUUGUACCAAGACAGCUGGGACUGACCGACACCCGCGUCCACAUCAGCGACCUCCUGGCUCACACCCAGUACACCUUUGAAAUACAAGCUGUCAAUGGAGUGUCUGACCAGAGUCCUUAUUCACCACAGUACACGUCUGUCAACAUCACCACCAACCAGGCUGCACCAUCAGCAGUGUCCAUCAUCCACCAGGUCAGCAGAAGCCCUGACAGCAUCACCCUGUCCUGGUCCCAGCCUGAUCAGCCCAAUGGACUCAUCCUGGACUAUGAACUGCAGUACUAUGAGAAGAACCAGGCAGAGUGGAACUCCUCUCUGACGAGGAGUCAGACCAACACUGCAGUCAUACGAGGCUUAAAGCCUGGAACCAUCUACGUCUUUCAGGUUCGGGCUCGGACUGUCGCUGGAUUUGGACGCUUUAGUGGGAAAAUGUACUUCCAAACCAUGACUGAAGAGGAAUAUAAGUCCAGUAUCCAGGAGAAGCUCCCCCUCAUCAUCGGUUCCACUGCUGCAGGACUAGUCUUCAUCAUUGCCAUCACUGUAUUAAUCAUUGUCUGCCGCAGCCGGAGAAGUCCCGAAAGAUCAGAGUCAGAGUACACAGACAAACUCCAACAUUACACCAGUGGUCACAAAGUGUCACCAGGAAUGAAGAUCUACAUCGACCCCUUCACAUAUGAAGACCCUAAUGAAGCAGUCCGAGAGUUCGCCAAGGAGAUUGACAUUUCCUGUGUCAAGAUUGAACAAGUUAUAGGUGCAGGUGAGUUCGGGGAGGUGUGCAGUGGGAACCUCCGGCAGCCUGGGAAGAGAGAGAUCCUGGUGGCUAUUAAGGCGCUGAAGGCGGGCUACACUGAACGCCAGAGGCGGGACUUCCUGAGUGAGGCAUCCAUCAUGGGCCAGUUCGACCACCCCAACAUCAUCCAUUUGGAGGGGGUGGUGACCAAGAGCAGCCCUGUGAUGAUCAUCACUGAGUUCAUGGAGAACGGCUCCCUCGACUCCUUCCUCAGGCAAAAUGAUGGGCAGUUCACAGUGAUCCAGCUGGUGGGAAUGCUGCGGGGCAUAGCAGCAGGCAUGAAGUACCUGUGUGACAUGAACUACGUCCAUCGAGACCUGGCAGCUAGGAACAUCCUGGUCAACAGCAACCUGGUGUGCAAAGUGUCUGACUUCGGCUUGUCCCGCUUCCUGGAGGACGAUACUUCAGACCCCACGUACACCAGCGCUCUGGGAGGGAAGAUUCCCAUCCGCUGGACAGCUCCAGAGGCCAUCCAGUACAGGAAGUUCACCUGGUCCAGUGAUUGCUGGAGCUAUGGUAUCGUCAUGUGGGAGGUGAUGUCGUACGGAGAGAGGCCCUACUGGGACAUGAGCAAUCAAGAUGUUAUCAAUGCCAUAGAGCAGGACUACAGGUUGCCGCCCCCUAUGGAUUGUCCCACUGCACUGCAUCAGCUGAUGCUGGACUGCUGGCAGAAGGACCGCAGCAACCGGCCCAAAUUCAGCCAGAUAGUCAGCACCCUGGACAAGAUGAUCCGCAACCCCAGCAGCCUCAAGGCCAUGACACCGCUGUCAUCAAGUGUUCACCUACCUCUACUGGAUCGCACCACUCCAGACUUCUCCUCUUUCAGCACCGUGGAGGAGUGGCUGGACGCCAUUAAGAUGGGCCAGUACAAGGAGAACUUUGCCAACGAAGACUUCAGCAGCUUUGAUGUUGUGUCUAAAAUGACCAUGGAGGACAUCGUCAGAGUCGGAGUGACAUUAGCCGGCCACCAGAAGAAGAUCCUCAACAGCAUCCAGUCCAUGAGGGCCCAGAUGAACCAGAUCACUUCAGUGGAGGUGUGAUCUGGUAGCCCAGGAGCCCACAUGCUCUGUUUACAGUAGGAACCCUGUCAGGACACAGACUGAGACUUCACCCCCCAACCCCCCUCCAACCCCCUGUUCCAGCAGUGGGCUGUUUCCUAGUGGUUGCUACCUGUGUUGCUGAUGGCAGUGCUGCUGUUGUUGGACGCAGCAGCGGUAAGAGCUUGCUUUUUGAAAGCACCUGAUUUGGUUGUUUUGUGUGGUCAAUAGAAGCUAACAAUCUCUGCACCCCGCUAAGAAAAAUAAAACUGAAGAUGUGUGCACUGGGAACAUUGUAGCACAGUGCCCACUUUCUGUUUCGUUUUGCUCAUUCUCGUUUAUUGGCUCUCAGACUGAACUGAAGUGAAGAGAUUUUCAAAAGGUUACCACAUAUAGCAAUGUCAGCGUCAGUUACAAGCUGCAGACAUCUGAAUCACAGAACCACCAAUCUCUUAAACCAGAGACUUUAAACAUAAAUCCUGUGGUAGCUGCAAUGGCAUGACUACUGACAUUUUUAAAAGCCAGUUGGCACGGAAAUACACUUCAGCCACCUGAAAAGGACCAUAUGCAAAUGUUGACUGGCCCACGCUGUCGGUCGUUUACUGUGACUUCACUGAGGCUGUGUGGAGUUGCUAUAGUCUGGGUCAGGAAACGAUCAAAGUCCCUUAGUCCUGCGUGUGUGUGUGUGUGUGUGUGUGUGUGUGUGUGUGUGUGUGUGUGUGUGUGUGUGUGUGUGUGUGUGUGUGUGUGUGUGUGUGUGUGAGGUAAAGGAACGAUUCGUUGUCGUUCAGUCAUCAACUUUCACCACUCCACCAUUAAUGUGCAAUCUUUGAGUGUUUCAAAAAUAUUUCCAAUUCUAAAAUUAUUUCCCAGAUCAAUUGUGUGUUUUUAAAAAGAAAAAAACUUAACACAGGUUGUACAGAAAUGCACUGCACUCACUGUAGAUAAAAUCUCAUAUUUACAAGAUUUGUAUCUCACCUGAUGCUCAUUUGUCUGAUCCUGUGUGUGUGUCAGCUUAUCCCUUUCAAAUCACCCACUGCACAUUCAUUGCACUUAACAACAGAGCAUAGCCUUUAGCAUUUAGCCAAACCUCUGUGUGCCCCUUCUUAACUGGACUUCUAUCACAACAACCUACAGCAUCUCUUCCUCUUGCUGCAUUGAUUAAAUAGACUACUGAUUUCAUAAUAAUUACAAGAUUUGCAUCUCGUAAUUACGAGAGAACAAUCUUUUUUUUGUAAAAAUCACUAAUACCUCAAUGGGAAGGGCGACAUUGUUUGUCAGUAGCUUCCAAACCCCAUUAAACAUCAACAUCACUGUUACAACCCAUGUGGCUGUUGGCUGCUGUGGUUACGGUUUGAUCAGGUUUAAGCAGCUAAAGGUGCUUGGGUUCGGAUUUUGUUUAGGGUCUGUGGCUCCAUAACAGUGUUACGGUACUAACACCUCUGCUUGUGACAGACGUCAUAACUGACAGGGCCAUUAGAGCUGUAAACGGAGACAGUCUUUACAAGAAAGAAGGCAUUAUGACCUCCUACAAAAUGAGUGUUUAUCCUCUCAGGUUUUCUGUAGGACACAACGGUCCUCUGACUCUGUUCGGAUUAUUUUGUCCAUGUGCAUAGUCAGCUGAGGUGAGAGGCUGAGUGCCGUACUACUCUGGGUGGGGAUUCUGAAGGUACACUUUGAGAACUCUAUUUUGUUGUUUUUAAAAAGGUGAAUUUUGAUAAAACUACUUUUUAUAAAUGGUAUGACAUUAAUUUAUACUUCACAGGACACAGCAAUCAGUGCUCACCUUGGGUCAUGUCCAUGUCUAAGUGAUUCUUUUUUGGUAUCGAGACAUUGGGCAUGUUACACCUCUUCCUUCUACUGUACUAGCACAAAGCACAGGUUAACCCACUCACUCUGAUGUAGGCCUACUGUACACAAGUCAAAACCCGUAGAACCUGCUCUCGUUUGUAAAUGGUCAGAAUGUCCUCAAUUCACAUGAGGUACAACACUCCUGGUUUAAAUGAUAGCGUCCAAUAGAACCCCAAAUCCAUCACAUUACCUUCCAGCGGACAGUUGAGUUCCUUCCAUUCUCCGUGGGUCUUCCUUAUGAUCUGCUCGCUAAAUCACAAUAAAAACCACGCAGCCCAGGUUAGAAUAUGAUUUAUUGUUCAUUCCAUGUGUUUCUUACACUGUCACAAGGCUGGAUUACCAACUGGGCAAAGCAGGAAACCGCAGACAAAACGAGUGUAGCGGGUUAAUCCCUCUUCUGAUUGUUACAUACUGUUGCACAAUGAGGCGCUGGAUUUUGAAGAAAUGCAUUGAACUGCUUGACUUACAAUAUUUAGUGGUACAUGUUUAUGCUAAAACAUAUUCUCUAUGUUGAGUGGACUGGACACUCUCUGCACACUGUUGGUGUGCUCUGUGUCAAACUUUCUGGAGUCACACAACUUGUUUGGCAAUUUCUAAUCACUGCAGUCUAAAAAAAAAGGUGCUUCCACAUCUAUUUUAAAGCUCUUUAGAGAAAUGAUUGUCAGGUUUUUCAAUACUGUCAAGUCUGCACUGUUUUUCUCAUACUAUGUGUUGCAUUUAUUUGCACACGUGUCACUAGAAACUGAAUCUGAAUCACAUAAUUUGAAUUUAUAUUGUUGAACUUGAAUAAUUGCAUUGAAAAACUGAAUAGCGUAAUAUGAAAUUAAAGUCAUCAAUAAAAAACAGAAGUUAUCUCAGGACACUUUACAGAUAGAGUAGCUCUAGACCACACACACAUUUACAAAGACCCAACAAUUCCCCCCGAAAAACCUCAGACAGAACCUGACUCUUGGUGGGCGGUCAUCUGCCGCUGCCGGUUGGGAGAGAGAGAGAGAGAGAGAGAGAGAGAGACAGAAAUAUGACACUUCAUAAUUAUAGCAGUGGGUAUAAUGGAAUAACAUGAUGCACAGUGGCAAUUAUAAUAACAGUAAAGAUAAAAAACUAUAAUUAGUAAUAUUAGUAGUAAGUAAGUAAGUAAAGUUUAUUUCUUUAAAAGCACAUUUAAACACAGCUUAAGCUGACCAAAGUGCUGUACAAAGAAGCACCAAGGUGCUGUAUAAAAUGUAACAUACAUACAAAAAAGCAUCCAAACAACAACAAGCAGCAAUUUAGAAAUACUGAAUUAUAGACAUAACAGAAUGAGUGAUUAGUGUGUUAAAGAGGCCAAAAAUGUGAGUAAAAAUGUGUCUUUAGCCUAGAUUUAAGUACAGAAAUGGAGGGAGCACAUCUGAUAUCUAAGGGCAGCUGGUUCCACAGUUGUGGAGCAGCAGCUGCAAAGGCUCUGUCAGCUUUUAGUUUGAGUCGAGAUCGGGGGACAUAGAGGAAAGAUUUGUCCUCAGAUCUAAGAGAUGUUUGAAUAAGAUCUGUGAUAUAAGAUGGGGCCUGAUCAUUAAGAGCCUUGAAGGCAAUCAGUGGUCUUAAACUGGAUUCUAAAGUCGACGGGUAGUGAAGAGAGGCUAGCACCGGGGUGAUGUGCUCACAUUUUUUAAUACCAGUCAACAUCCUUGCAGCUGCAUUUUGCACCAUCUGUAGGCGACUUAAUCAAGACUGGGGAAGGCCUAAAUAAAGGGAAUUGCAAUAGUCCAACCUGGAUGUAAUGAAGGCAUGAAUAGGAGUAGCAGUGCAGGGCGUAGCAGGGCGUUGAGCAGGACCAUGGAAGAAGUUGCAACUACGAUUUAGGUGCCACCAUAAUCCAAGGAAAUUUGCAGGGCGGGAAAGCAUCCCGGAUGGUUCUGGUAACCCAUGGUUUCUUGUUGGGGAAUGAAAACGUAGUUUUGGGGACAGUUGUUUCUGUUGUUUCACAAAUGUAAUCUACAACAGACUAAGUGAAUUUAUUGAUGUCAUCGGUGAUGUUGACGGUGGUGUCCUGGAACGUGCUCCAGACUGCGUCGUGUAGUUUAGACUAUAGGGCGGCCUCUGAUUGGCUUGACCAUUUCCUGACCUCACGUGUCACUGGGGGGCAUGCGCCAUAGUUUGUUUACUUACUUUGACCUCAACAAGAUGGCCGCAUGGUCGCUCUUCUCCAACGCGGGUAGCAAAUCUUCUCUGUGGCCGUUUUUGAAUGGUGUGUAGCAGAUGCACAAAGACACUGUACUACACUGUAUAUAUGCACGGUAUGCACAUUUCAGUGUUUUCAGCUGAUCCUAUUCCAACUGGCCCUGUUUGAUGUGUUUUAGAGAAAUCCAGUUAUUAGGAAAAACAAAGUUUGGUUUCAGUUCCUGUACUUCCUGUCUAUUUUACAAAUCUGAGCAAAUAAUCAGGAUGGCUUAGUGGCCAGGAUUGUAAACGUUGUGCUCUUCCAUCUAAAAACAUUAGACAGAAAAUAAUAUAUAAGCACCUUUUAUCCUAAACUAUCUUUUAUUGUGCAAGAAUAGCCAAACAAUAAGGUCUCAUGGGGAAGAAAUAGAAUCAAUCAAAUCCUUAAUGUGGCCCUCAGUGACAGUGCAUGUGAUCCUGAUUUCAGCCUGGAUGAAUGUCUACCACCAACAUGGGCUAAAUUGUGUUGCACUUACUUCACAAAAAUGUAAGAUUUCUUUUUUCAAAAUGAUAUAUUCAUUUUGCAACAAUCAAGAAAGCUAAGUAAAUAUGUUUUAAACUGUUUUAUGUGGAAUAUAUUUCAAGUGUUAAUUUUUCACAAAAAGCAUGUGGAUGUGGUGUGAAAAGCUACCUACUGAAUCUGCUAAUUAUGUAGCAGUGAGAGACGAUACUGCAAAACACAUUCACUUUUAAUGGAGUUGUAUUCCUUCUACUUGAUAUCAUUUCUAUUUUUUUUUUAUUAUUAUUAAAUGACCAUGCGAGUUUAGAGCCUACCACAGAUGCACUGCUAUAAGCACGGGCUGUCUCAUCUCGGUAUGUGCGCUCAUUCACAAACGGAGAGAACAGAAAUGACCUCACUUGAAUAUGACCUCUCUAUGUACAGUUUUCUUUUUGUAAGUGUAUCAGUGUGUGUGUGUGUGUGUGUGCUGUGCUCCGUCCAUAUGCUGGCCCAUGUUUGAGCUGCACUGUGGCAGCUUCUCAGUACUCACAUAGAGCUGAAAUGGGCCUGUUUCUUUCAGUAUUUUCCUGUACAAAUUGAAACCGUUCACAUUUAGAUUCUGAAGGAACAUGAUGGGAAAUGUGCUUGUUUGCUUUCUCCGUGGGAGUGAGGUGUUCAGAUGGAUACAAACCUCAUGUCUGUGUGUACAGAGCUGAAGUCAGAACAUUCUUAGCCUAUCUUAGCAUAUAGACUGGAGGCAGAGGGACAGCUUGCUAAUUAAAAUGUCAUAUCGAUUAAAAACAUCUGUCCGGUUAGAGUGCAGGUUUCCAGAUAUGGUCAAUUAGCACAUGGUGUUCCACAGAUAUAUAUCAGUGUUGCAACGUAUGUCAGCUGAUAUGUAAUAUAGAUAGCAUAGCAUUAUCAGAUUUUUUUAAACUUAUUUUAAACUGGUAAUGGCCCCCAAAACUCAGAACCUGGCAACCCCAAUGUGACAAUACCACUGCUGUAAACUGGUCCCACUGUUGUUCAUCAAGAAAUAGUCCCAGCCUCCUGAAAUUGACGCUUUCACAUUUCUGUCUGUGCACAGAUUUAACAAACGGGAUCGAACUGGGGCCGGAAAGGGGACUGAGUACCCAGGGCCCUCAUAUGAGGAGGGCCCAAAAAUAUGCUAGAAUUAAUAGGUGGGGAUGUAGGGAGGGGCCCAUAGAGAAUGCCUUUCUACAGGGUCCAGAAGUUUGUGCUACGUCCCUGAACGAGAUACAACAUGUUAAAGGGGUCGUUUGGAUUGGGUGUUGAUAAAUUCAUUUCUUUGAUAGAUUGAUAUCCAUCAUUUCAUCUCACUCUCUGAAAGAAAGAGAGUAAGCAUAUUUUACAUAAUGUUGAACUAUUCCUUAAAGUGCUCAUAUUUGCUCAUUUUCAGGUUCAUAAUUGUAUUUAGAGGUUGUACCAGAAUAGG